GUGACCUGUCAGCAGCAACGCUUCGGACUUCGCACGCCUCUUUCGGAGGUCUGCCACGUGCCCGGCCGAGGGUUUUUCACACGGCGCGCUCCGCGUGCAGCCGGCUUGGCUCAAGGGCUCGGCGAGCUCCCGGCGGUUCCUUGCCUGUGCCGCAGGAUGGCCGAGCCAGAGGAGGGAGAACUUGUGCGAUUUCGAGUUCACAGGACAUUCGUCGAGAGCGUUGUGCUGGUACCAUGGAUCGUCAGGGCACGCUCUUGGCCGGAGAUGAGAGGCUUGCUGGUGGAACUACCGGAAGAGCCACAUGAUCAGGGCGUCACGGUCGCGAACCUGGAAGAAAAGGCAUCGAACCUCCUUGUGAAGAAGAACAGCAGCAUCCAGGAGACAGAGGAGGAGUUUAGCGGUGAGGACACAGAGGCGGACUGCCUUGGCGUCCAUCCCGAUGACCCUUGCUGGGACUCCACCACUAACCUCAUGAUUUGCAAGCUGCCCGCCAGGUGCACCCAGGCAGAGCUGACCGCCUUCAUUCGGAAGACCGUCCCUGGCUUCGAGCUCCAGAUUUCUUUGCCUCGCUCGGAGAGCGGGCGGAACCGCGGCUACGGCUUCGUGCAGGUGCGGCACGGGUCCAUGCGGGAGCUGGUGCGGCGUCUGUGGAACUCCCGCAUACCCACGCGCCAGUCCCAACGACCCUUGAAGCUGCAGCCGGCCAGGAGGUGAGAAAGAGGGGACCGAGGGACCCCCCUGCCUGAGAUGUCAUACACCAGCGGUCAGGGAAUUUGUAAGGAGACACCCAGUUGAACACCUCUCCGCAAAAGGCGGAGUGCCCUUUGGGCAGGUGGAAGUAGAUGGCACAAUUUGCCUCUCUGUCGGGAUGAGAUGCCCUGAUGCCAUAAGACGACAGGCUCCCAAAAGGGGGGUGGCCUGGUCUUGACAGCCUUGCCGGUACAGGCCAUACCCGGCG